AUGGGUAUCAACAAUCCUGUUCCUCGGUCGCUACGAAGCGAGUGUCGUAAGGCUGCCAAGAUUCUUGCUUCUUUUGUCAAGCCCAACCAGAUUUUCGGCCAGGACAUGGUCAUUCCGCCCCAUGUUCUUCAGAACGCCGAGGGUCUUGUCAUUCUGACCGUGCUCAAGGCCGGUUUCCUCUUUUCGGGCCGAGCUGGCUCUGGAGUCAUCGUUUCUCGACUUCCCGACGGAGGCUGGUCUGCUCCUUCUGCUCUGGUCACAGCUGGUGCCGGAGUUGGAGGCCAGAUUGGAGCCGAGCUCACGGACUUCGUCUUCAUUCUUAACUCCAGAAAGGCCGUUGACUCCUUCUCGCAGACCGGAAACAUCACACUUGGAGGAAACAUGUCUCUGGCUGCCGGACCUCUUGGUCGAAAUGCCGAGGCCGCCGGUUCUGCUUCCGCCACGAAUGUGGCCACCAUCUUCGCCUACUCCAAGACUAAGGGUCUGUUCGCUGGAGUGUCGCUGGAGGGCUCCGUGCUGGUGGAGCGACGGGAGGCCAACCGAAAGUUCUACGGCAACAACAAUGCCACUGCCAAGAAGAUUCUCAGUGGUUACGUCGAGCCCCCGCCAGACUGUGACGCUCUGUUCCGAGUGCUCGAGUCCCGAGCGUUCCGAAACCCCAACGACUUUGCCGACGACGACUCGUACUUCCGACACGACGGCGACUCGUUCUACGAUGAUAUCCCCUCCCAGUUCUCGGACGGAUCAUCUGUGCGACGAGGAGGAGACAGCGACGACGAGUAUGGAGGACGAGGCGGAGGAGCUGCAGCAGGCCGGUUCUCGUCACGAAACAGAGAUGACGACCGAAGAGGAGGCUCGCGACGAGACUCGUCGUACUCAUUCCGAAGCGGCCGGGACCGAGACGAUGAUCGUGAAGUGGAAAGCAUUACGGACCGGUUUCGCAAGACACACUUCAAGUCGUCGUACUCGGAUGACCCCUCUGGCCGAAGAGGCUCGACUCGGGGCAACAACGAUGACCGAUAUGAUCGGGACCGAGACUGGAGAGACAAGGGCUCUUCUCGGGGCGACCGGGGCGACCGGGGCGACCGGGGCGACCGGGGAAGCCAUUACUCGUCCCGAUCUCGAGACCACGAAAACGGCAGCAGUCGAUCCAACCGAGACAGAGAAUAUGAUCGGGAUGACAGAUACGACCGAGAUGAUCGGGACCGAGACCGGGGAGACCGAUACGACCGAUACGAUCGGGACGAGAAGGUGGACCGAUACGAGCGACAAAAGUCGCCUCGAGAAAAGCCGUUCAAGCCGGCUCCUCCCCCUCCUCAUGCUCCUGUUGCAGCCGCCGAAGAGAAGGCUGUAGCUCUUUACACUUUUGAUGGAGAGCAGCCCGGUGAUCUGUCUUUCCGAAAGGGUGACGUCAUUGCCGUGGUCAAGCGGGGUGUGUCCAAGGACGAUUGGUGGACAGGCCGAAACGGCGCCACCGAGGGCAUUUUCCCUGCCAACUACGUUGAAUUGAUGUAA